GAAUUGAGCUGUCUAUCUCUUGCUGCAAAUUGAGGCCAGGGACCUGAACCCUAACAGGAGUUGUCGUCAUGUUUUGCCUGACAGCGUUCAGGCCCCUGAACGAGAUGGAGUUGCGACUGUAUCCACAAGUAAUGGGGAUUUGGAUACGCUUGGUUGCCAAACUAGCGUUAUUAUUAUACUGUAAAAGGAAAAUAACUAACUAAUAUUGGAAUUUUGCGAUGAUUAAUGAAGUAAUAACCAUUAUUAUAAAUAAAUGUAGAAAAAAAAGUAAUGAACAAUUACAAUAGUAACGAAACAAUUAUAGCUUUACUAAAAAUGCUAUUACCUGGGAAAGGGAUAUACGAAUGGAGGAGGAGGGGGGUUGGGGGAUGCAAUAAGAUUUUAACCGAAAACCCACCCACCCCCACCCCGCUCCUAAGGGCAAAGCAAACGUUUUGGAAACGACUGCGCUUGGCCUUGAACCUUCAACUCUUCUGUUAGUUCGUGAAGUGUAAGCGUCAAGUCAAUUAGUGUUUCCAGCAACGAAGAUGCCCCGCAACCACCAAGUUCAAGAUGGAUUCGAGGAGUUCGAAGUGGAAGCUGUGUUGAAUCGAAGGAUGGUGCGGUCGGGAACUGGACGUUCGAAAGUCCAAUAUUUACUGAAAUACGUUGGGUAUGCAGAGGCGGAGUGGACGGACUAUGCCAAUUGCGGAAAUUGUCGGUACCUGACCAGAAAAUUCCUGCGAACCGGAGGAGCUGUAACCGUCUACCAGGCCGGACCAGCCGGUGAUAGGGGUGAGGCAGUUCUGGACGGGGAAGCCUCGCUGUAUUGCGAGGCUUUUCUGGCCAGAGAAGCCUCGCCCUCGGGCAUGGGCAAUCCGGCCGAGGACGGUGGGCAGCCGACCGAUGAGUCCGCCGUAGAGCUACAGGCCAUUGAGCAACCCGCUCCCUUGGAACUACCCGCCUCCUUGGAUGUACCCGUCCCCGUGGAGCUACCCGCCCACGUGGCCCGACCCGCUCCCGUGGAGCUACCCGCCCACGUGGCCCGACCCGCUCCCGCGGAGCUACCCGCCCACGUGGCCCGACCCGCUCCCGUGGCGCAACCCGCUCCCGUGGCCCAACCCGCUCCUGUGGCGCAACCAGCUCCUUUAGCCCACCCCGCUCCCGUGGCUCAAGGUGCUUUAGCGAAACAGGCCUUGGGGUUGAUGUUCGAGGGCUUCCGGUUGCUCGGGCCUCUUUUGGGGCAAUAGGGUCUUUGCAUGAAAUUUCGAUUGGUUUUAAACAUACUUUGUUAGAAUCAGUUUUUUACGCUGAUUCUCAUGGUAUUUUUUAUUUUUUUUAAAUCAACCGAAAUGUGUGUAUUUUUAGUUAAAAGUUCGAAUAAGCUCCUCCCAUUUCAAAACGGGCUCUCAGCCAUUUUUCAUGGGCGGAGCCUAAUUUCUGAUCAAUUUGUAGACGACGCUAAUGAAAAUAAACAACUUUCUGUGCCA